AUGACAAUCAAGUUCGUGGCCGUCCUCUCCGUCGUUCUUGUGCUCGCGCCAGGUGCUCGCUCCGACCUGCUGGAUUAUGGCAACGACGAGGAAGAUCUCCACGACGCGCACGGCAGCCAGCGGCUGGCGCCCAAGACGCACCAGGCGGACGCCACGCGCAUCCUCAACAACCUCCUGAGGGAGUACGACAAGACGCUGCGGCCGGACAUCGGAGAGAGGCCGACAGUCAUCGACGUGGGGAUUUACGUCAACAGCAUCGGCCCGGUAUCGUCCAUCGACAUGGAGUACCAGAUCGACAUCAUCUUCGCCCAGAGCUGGGUGGACACCCGGCUGCGCUACAACAGCAGCAGCAUGAGGAUCCUGACGCUCAACAGCAACAUGGUGGGCCUCAUCUGGCUCCCUGACACCAUCUUCAGGAACUCCAAGAACGCCGACUCUCAUUGGAUCACCACGCCCAAUCAGCUGCUGCGGAUCUGGAACAACGGGAAGAUCCUCUACACCCUCAGGAUGACCAUCAACGCCGAGUGCCAGCUGCAGCUGCACAACUUCCCCAUGGACGAGCACUCCUGCCCGCUCGUCUUCUCCAGCUACGGCUACCCGAGAGACGAGAUCGUCUACAAGUGGAGGCGGAGCUCGGUGGAGACGUCGGACCAGAAGUACUGGCGGCUGUACCAGUUCGACUUCAUGGGCCUGAGGAACACCACCGACCUGCUGAGCACCACGGCCGGUGACUACGUCCUGAUGACGGUGUUCUUCGACCUGAGCCGGCGGAUGGGCUACUUCACCAUCCAGACCUACAUCCCCUGCAUCCUGACCGUGGUGCUGUCCUGGGUCUCCUUCUGGAUCAAGAGCGACGCCACGCCGGCCCGCACGGCGCUAGGCAUCACCACGGUGCUGACCAUGACCACCCUGAGCACGGUGGCCCGGACCUCGCUGCCCCGGGUGUCGUACGUCACGGCCAUGGACCUGUUCGUCACCGUCUGCUUCCUGUUUGUCUUUGCCGCCAUGAUGGAGUACGCCAUGCUCAACUACUACUCCUACUCCUGCAGCGGCCGCCGCCCGCCGCCCGCCCGCCACCGCAUGGUCAGGCUCCAGCGGGGCGAUGCAUUCAGGUACAUCCCGCCCACCACCACAACCACCGCCGCCUCCUCCUCCUCCUCGCUCUGGCUCCACCCCUCCGACCCGGACCCCGCCCCCUCCUGGCCGGGGGGCGGGGCCUUGGCGGCCUGCCUGGACGGGAAGGACUGCGCGUCGUUCUUCUGCUGCCACCGGGAGUGCCGUGGCGGCGGCUGGCGGCGCGGCCGCAUCCACCUGGACUUCGGCGAGUUGGACGCCUACGCCCGCGUCUUCUUCCCCACCUCCUUCCUGCUCUUCAACAUCGUGUACUGGGUGGGCUACCUCUACCUCUGA